CCUUAACAAAGAUAGCUGUCGCGCCAGCGCUCGAACCAGAGGGCAACGAGCCACCCUAUUCGAGUGAUGGGGUGGGGAAGGGUGGGGAAGGGGGAGAAGAGGAAGAAGGGGAGAGAGGUUGGAUACUAGCCCUGCCUGCCCUUCACUGGCCCGGCUGGCAGGCAACGCCACGGGCGGAAGGAAGAGCGCCACUGCGGAGAGAAGAAGAGAAGCGCGCGGCCUGAACACGCGCCAGGAUAUCACAGUAGAGAUGUGACCGCGACGAUGGCUGUUGGCACCGCUCGGCAAGCACGUCUGAACGCAGCCUGCAGUCUCUUGCUGGGCGCCACACAGAAGCCCCGGACCCAGCCGGGCCGACCCUCCCCCCCCGCAUGCCCCCCCCCGCCCUCCCCCUCUCAGCUCAGCCCGCCGCGGACAGCACCUCGGCCAGCGCGUGGUGGCCCCGCGCCCGCGCCCACGCCGCCGCCGCGUCGCCGUCGUCGUCCUGCAGCGACGGGUCCGCCCGGGCGUCCAGCAGCCACUGGCAGAGCUCGGCCUGCCCGGAGUCCGCCGCGAACAUCAGCGGCGUGGCCCCGUCGCUGCUCCGCGCGUCCACCGCGCCCCCCGCGCCCGCGAGGAGCUCGCGCAGCAGCGCGCGCCCCCCCGCCGCGUCGGGCUGCGGGGCGCAGCACCCCUCCGCGCAGCCGCCCUCGUCGGAGCCCCCGGCGGCCUCUGCGCCGCCCCCGGCCGCGUGCACGGCCCAGUGCAGGCAGCUCCAGCCCCGGGGCCUCGCCAAGACAGCUCAGGUCCGCUCGCGCACAGUACGCCCGAGCGCGGGCCAGCUGCCCCGCCUCCAGCGCCUGCAUCAGCGCCUUCGCCGCCUCCGCGGGAGACAGCUGUUCGCUCCGGCCCUCUGCCGCCGGGCCGCCGGCGCCGGCAUCGGCGCCGCCGCCGACGCCGGGGACAGCUGCUGUGGGCGGCAGCGGCGGCGGCGGGCACGCCCCCGCCGCCGUGGCCACUGGAGCCGGCGGCGGGGGCGCCACCGGGAGCGCUGCCGCCGCUGCUGGGACGCCCCCGGCCUCGCGGUCGGCGCACGCGCAGUCGCCGCCGGCGCACCCACCGAGGUCGCACAGCCGCAGGCGCCCUGGCGGCGGCGCGGCGGCGCGCGCCCGGGCGCUCUGCAGCAGGGCCUCCCGCGCGCCGUCGCCCAGCUGCGCCAGGUACUCGAUACCUCUGCUUGGCUCAAAGCCGGCGUCCCAGCGGCCGCCGCGACUGCCGAGGGCAUUGCGGCCAUGGCCGAGGAAGACAACGAGAAAGGGAGGAAAAGGAGGAGGAGGAGGGGGACGCCAGAGGGGGGUCAACGCCCAAGCGCCCGCAUCUGAGCCAAA